AUGGCGCUGGCCGUCAGUCUCUUACCCCGCUUGCUGCUUUCUCGGCCUCUGCCGGGCUCGGCUGCCCGACUCUGGACUCCCGGUUCGGCCGACGUGUGGCCGCCGUUGGCUGGACUUUGCUGCUUCUGCCGCCGCCGCCUCGGCUCGGGAGCGGCCCCGUUUCCUCGAGUCUCUUGGGCCUCCGCGGCCUUGGCGCUGCCUGCUCGAGCUCCUCAGCGUCCCCUGCUCAGCCCUCUGGGACUGCCCACAACCCUUCCCGCUUUCCCUUCAUGCCCUCGGCGAAUCUACAGCACCGAGGAGCAGCCCCAGCAGCGCCAGAAAACCAAGAUGAUCAUCCUGGGGUUCUCCAACCCCAUCAACUGGAUUCGGACUCGAAUUUACUCCUUCCUUAUCUGGGCCUAUUUCGACCAAGAGUUCAGCAUUGCAGAAUUCUCAGAGGGAGCGAAGCAGGCUUUUGCUCAUGUGUCCAAGUUGCUGUCACAGAGUAAGUUUGAUCUAUUGGAAGAACUUGUGGCCAAAGAGACACUACGUGUAUUGAAAGAAAAGGUUACUUCACUACCUGACAACCAUAAAAAUGCCCUUGCUGCUGACAUAGAUGAAAUUGUAUAUACAUCAACAGGAGACAUCUCCAUUUACUACGAUGAGAAAGGAAGGAAGUUUGUUAACAUCCUGAUGUGCUUUUGGUAUCUAACCAGUGCCAACAUCCCCAGUGAAACUAUAAGUGGAGCCAGUGUGUUCCAGGUUAAGUUGGGGGAUCAGAACGUGGAAACUAAACAACUUCUUAGUGCGAGCUAUGAAUCCAAGAAAUUCAACAAGCAGGGAAGCACAUAAAGAACCUCACAGGCUUCCCUGGUGGCGCAGUGGUUGAGAGUCCGCCUACCGAUGCAGGGGAUACGGGUUCGUGCCCCAGUCCGGGAAGAUCCCACAUGCUGCGGAGUGGCUGGGCCCGUGAGCCAUGGCCGCUGAGCCAGCUCAUCCAGAGCCUGUGCUCCGCAACGGGAGAGGCCACGACAGUGAGAGGCCCAAGUACUGCAAAAAAAAAAAAAAGAAAACCUCACUAAGGUACAUCAUAAUCAAAUUGUUGAAAACUAGAGAAAAUUAGAAAAGCAGCUAGAGGAAAAAAAAAAGACACAUUCCAUACAGAGAAUGACUAUAUUUCUUUUCUCAAACUAUGCAGGUUAGAGGCCUUGGCAUGACAUCUUUAAAGUACCGUAGGAAAUAAACCCGUUGACCUAGAAUUCUAUAUUCAGCAAAAAUAUCCUUCAGAAAAGGUGAGAAAAGACUUUUUCAGACAAGGAAAAGAUGAGAGAAUUUGUUGACAGAAGACCUGUUUUAUAAGAAAUGUUAGGGGCUAGUGGACAGAAUAGAGUAAAAGGACCCAUGCAUAUUGGACAACUGAUUUUUGACAAAGGUGCCAUAGUUAUUCAAUGAGAAAAAAGAAGUCUUUUUAACAAAUGGGUAACUAUAUAUUCAAAUAGGAAAUAACCUCAUCUCUCGCCUCACACCAUACACAAUUUUAGUGCAAAAUUUAGAUUGCAAAAUGGAUCAUAGACUUAACAAAAUCUAACACUCUAGAAAUUCUAGAAGGAAACAGAAAUUGCUGUCUUGGAAUAGAGAAAGAUUUCUUAGGAGACAAAAAGUGUGAAUCGUGAAAGAAAAAUUUCUAAAUUGGAAUUUAUUAAAAUUAAUACUUCUGCUCUUUGAAAGACAGCAGCGAGAAAAUGAAAAGCCAAGUCAAAGAUUGGGAGAAACUAUUUGUAAUCCAUAUAUCUGACAAAGGACCUGUAUCCAGCAUAUAUAAAUAAUGCUCAUAGCUUAAUAAUGAAAAGUUAAACAGCUUUGUACAGCUAUCAUGACUCAUCAAACUGUGGACUUAAAAUGGGUACAUUUUGUUAUAUGUAAAUUAUCAUAUAUAUAUACUGUUUUUUUAAACAAAGUGAAUCAGCUAUACAUAUACACAUAUCCCCGUAUCUCCUCCCUCUUGUGUCUCCCUCCCUCCUACCCUCCCUAUCCCAUCCCUCUAGGUGGUCACAAAGCACAGAGCUGAUCUCCCUGUGCUGUGCGGCUGCUUCCCACUAGCUAGCUAUUUUACAUUUGAUAGUGUAUAUAUGUCCAUUCCACUCUCUCACUUCGUCCCAGCUUACCCUUCCCCCUCCUCGUGUCCUCAAGUCCAUUCUCUAUGUCUGCAUCUUUAUUCCUGUCCUGCCCCUACAUUAUUAUAUAUUUUUAAUGCAAAUUAUACCUAAACAAAGUUUGCUAAAAUAUUUAGCAAGAAAAGUAAUUUGUAGGAAAAUAAGCUCAAAUGAUUAAAUUUUUUAUAAAGUAUAAAAGAGCUAAUCUAUGUUUCAUCUAAUCUUAGAUGAAACAGAUAAUAGAUCAGUAAGGCACAUAUUGCUAAAAUGAAAAAAAAUGCAACCAGUUAAACUAUCACUUCCCAUCUGUUGUAAGAUGCAUCUCCAGUGAUUUUAAAAUGGAUGGUGAAUGUGUGGUUUAGAAUCAAUGAAAUACACUGUGAUUUAUUGUUUGUGAAAAUAUACAUAAAUUGUAAAACUUUUUUAAAAUGCAAGAGAUUAAUAUGGCACUAAACUCAUUAUAGUGACAACUACCUCGGGAGGACGGGAGUGGAAUGUGACUGUAAUGUUUUGUUUCUUAAAAAAAGUACCUGAUACCCAAAUAAUGCUCUUUGUAUAUGGUUUCUCAAUGAAAGGAGACGGGCAUUGGGAGCAAUUCCAGGUCUAUGCAGAAAACAAGCAAGAGUAGCCUGAGACAUAUUCUUGGGCUGGGAAGCAAGGACGCUAUCAAAGCUGACUGCGGUAAUGUUGAAAGUUAUUUAUUACCAUUUAACAAACCCAAAACUUAGUAGCUUAAAAAUAACAAUCACUUAUUUUACUCAUAAAUUUGGGCAGGGUUUGACUUGAAAGUUUGUCUGCUCUAUGUGGUGUUGACUGAGGUCACUUGGGGAUAUUUAUGUGAAGGCCAAGCUGAUCCAACAUGGCUUUACUGGUGCGUCUGGCUCCUUCUUAGAGAUGGUUGAAAGGCUGGAUGCACUGGGUCACUUUUGGUCUCUAACCGAUCUUUAAAUUUUCCCCCCAAAUUAUGUUAGAUACAGAUGAAGUAAAUUGGCAUAUCUUCUACCCCAGGAAAAAUUUCCUAUCCGUGUUAUUGAAUAUAGCCGUUUUAUCCCUACUGUGAUGAGUCGUUUCACCAAAGAUUUUGACCAUUUAAGGUUGUAUGGUAGGGGUCCUAAGGUAUUUGUCUUGACCUCACUAGCUUUUAUCCUUACAGAUCUUACAAUCCAAUUGCUCCCAGUGAGUUCAAUGGUUUUUUUUUUUGUCUUUUUUAUUUUUGCAGCGAGAGGGUAAGGUUCCACAUAUCAGUGAUACCAUGCAAUAUUUGUCUUUUUUGGCUUAUUUCACUUAGCAUAAUGUCCCCCAGGUUCAUUCAGGUUGUAGCACAUGACAGGAUUUCCUUCUUUUUUAAGGCUGAAUAAUAUUCCAUUAUAUAAUUUACCACACACACACACACACACACACACAUGCACAAACACACACAAAUAUUCCAUAUCUUUAUUCAUUCAUCUGUCAAUAUUGAGUUUGUUUCCAUACCUUGACUAUUGUGAAUAAUGCUGCAAUGAACAUGGGAGUUCAGAUAUCAUUUCGAGAUAAUGAUUUCAUUUUCAUUUUCUUUGGAUAUAUAUAUGCAGAGUGGAUUGUUCCAUCAUAUGUUAGUUCUAUUUUUAAUUUCUUGGGGAACCUCUAUACUGUAUUCCAUGGUGGCUGUACCAAUUUAUAGUCCCACCAACAGUGCACAAGUGUUCUCUUUUCUCCACAUCCGUACCAGUGUUUGUUAAUCUUUUGAGUUUUCGAUAAUAAACAUCCUUACAGGUA